AAAAAGAGAGAAGUCGACUCUCUCUCUCUCUCUCUCUCUAAAUUUUCAAAGACUCGUUACAUUCAAAAGCUUCUGUAUCCCUCCCUUUUAACCCUCACCUUUCUCUGUAUAAAAUUUCUCUAUUCUCUCUCUCUCUCUCUCUUAGGGUUUCUACUACUCGACAUCUCUUUGUGUUAGAUUCAGCUGCAGAUUUAUGGUGUUAUACUUUACAGGUUGAUGAGAAAAAUAGGUAGGACGUAGGCACAAGAAACUCGUAUAAUUAAUCAUGGAUCAAUCAGAACAAGGUCAACAGCAACAGCAACAGUCCCAGCAACCUGUAAUGGGAGUUGUAGCUGGUGCAGGUCAGAUGGCCUAUAGUACUGCUCCCUACCAAACUACUGCAAUGAUGGCUUCUGGAGCACCUGCCAUAGCAGUGCCUUCCCCAACUCAGCCCCCGUCCAGUUUCUCUAAUUCCCCUCACCAGCUCACCUACCAACAGGCCCAGCACUUCCAUCAUCAACAGCAGCAGCAGCAGCAGCAGCAGCUUCAGAUGUUCUGGGCCAACCAGAUGCAAGAAAUUGAGCAAACAAUGGACUUCAAGAAUCACAGCCUUCCACUUGCUCGAAUUAAAAAAAUAAUGAAAGCUGAUGAAGAUGUGAGAAUGAUUUCAGCUGAGGCUCCUGUUAUAUUUGCAAAAGCAUGUGAAAUGUUCAUCUUGGAGCUGACUUUGCGGUCAUGGAUUCACACAGAGGAGAACAAGAGGAGAACCUUACAAAAGAAUGAUAUUGCAGCUGCCAUUUCAAGGACCGAUGUUUUUGAUUUCUUGGUUGAUAUUAUUCCUAGAGAUGAGUUGAAAGAGGAGGGAUUAGGGGUCACCAAGGCUACUAUUCCCAUGGUUGGUUCUCCAGCUGAUAUGCCAUAUUAUUAUGUUCCACCCCAGCAUCCUGUGGGACCUCCAGGGAUGAUCAUGGGAAAGCCAGUUGAUCAAGCUGCAGGGUAUGGAGGGCAGCAGCAGCCACGGCCGCCCAUGGCAUUCAUGCCAUGGCCACAGACUCAACCACAACAGCAACAGCAACAACCGCAACAGCAGCAAAGUGAUACCUAAUCAAAGGCCACUUUAAAGUGGCAGGUGUUUUAUUAGGGUAUAGAACUGGACAUCAGCAAUGAAUUUUAUUAGUAUCCUAUGUCUGUAGUGAAGGGUUAACUUAGAAGUAGUGCGUACUUGAAAUGCCAAAACUGCGCCGCUUGCUUAUUCUAGUUAAAUUUGUAAGCGGAGGCUUGUGUUUGCUCUUAUUUGGUAAGAUCUUUAUGAUUUAGUGA